GCAAGCUCUAUGACCAGUCGCAUUAACUAUGGACCAAGACUGGACUGCUUCAAAUCAGCUUCAUCUCUGCAAGAAGCCCAACUUAGAGAUGAACUAAAUACCAUCGAGAAAAGUAUGUCAGGAAUCAGUGGUAAUACUUUCAGCUCUGAGAUAAGCAAAGAAGAAACAUCACAAAGAAGCAGCCGUACAGGCAGAAGUGCACAAGAAUCCAGUGAUUUUACAAUACCAGAUGCCUCGAGAGAGACUCGCCUAUUCCGGUUACUGCAUUGCCAAAUCAAAUAUGUGAAGCGGCUCAUACGAUUUAUGUCACUAUCACGCAUGAGCUUGGUGCGUGUGCUCGUGGACGCACAUCGGGCUCUGGACACCAUAGAAGAGCUACUGGAGAAAACGGAGAAAGAAAUUUCUCUAGCGCUCAACAGCCUCGAAUAUCGUAUUGUUUCUGAAGAUAGCUAUAGUACUGCACACAUAAUGAACGUCUAUGAAAUACUACAGCCGAUAUUGCAAAGAUUUGCGGCACUGCAAGAGCUUCGAUCGGGUCUGUUUCCGCUGAAAGAAAAGGUGCCGCGCAAUGAUGGGACAACAAAUCUGCUGAAGAUCAACGCCAAUGCUGUCAAGCAGCUGACAGACCAGUUAAAUAGGCUCGAUUUGUUACACUACAGCAGACAGGAGCAAACGCUUUCGGGAGUAACAACUACCGAACUGAGUGUCUUGGUGGCAGAGAUAGCGACAGCAAUGUCGUCUCUUCGCCAUUCAUUAGAUGUCAUGGAUAAGUUUUUGUAUAAAUCUCAGGCUUGGCACAAGCUCAAACUAGAAUUAAAUCUGCAGACAAGCGGAAUUGAAAGAUUCUUCUUAAACCAGUGCCCUCCUGUCACUCUCAACGAAUAUCUUAAAAACAAAUGCCCAAGCAGCGCCCAAACAUCAGCAGAAACUACAACUAGUAAAGCUGUGAGACAUGCAUCGCAGCAGUGCUCAGCUUCGAAAACUUCUCAAGGCAUAAGGCUGCAACCAUGGACGUCAACGAGUACAUUGUCAACUAUUCGGACGAGUUGCGUCAGCACCUCGGAAGUGCUCAGUGGCAAAAUGACUUCAGACAUCAUACGAAGUUACGCUCCAACUUUACAGGACAAUGAUGAGGUCAAUGUGGAUCCUGGAAUAACUAGAAAGCUUUUGCGUGAUGUCUCAAAGCCAAAGGAGUACAACACUGGUCGGAGCAGCGCAGAAACACUGAGCGACUACUCAUCAUUUGAAGAAGCUGAAUUGAACCCGUCUUCAAAAAAGACCCUGAAGAAGAAGCAUAGAGGAGAAUACGUCGCACUAUCCGAACUAGGGCUUGAAGAAACUUUGAGUCCAGAACGUGAAGAUCUGCACACCGCCUUAACAUGUGAGAGCCAGGAUCACGUCAACGCAAAUGGUAACAAUACUACCUCAGAUGCUUUACUGAUGACGGCUGCUGGUGAUACUCCGUAUUCUGGGCGUAACAGCGAUACUUACGCAGAAAAUACCUUCUGAUUUGGUGAAGACUGAUAUAGCUGUCAUUUGAUACAAAUUUUCCUUCGUUUACACUUACUCGCUAGCUCUGUAUAGAAUAACACAAUAGUAGAGCUAAUGCUUAAGCCUUUCAUUGAUUAAUGAUUUUGUGUUUGAAAA